AUGAUGCCGUGUGUCAGAGGUGGAGAUUGGUUCAAUGACACGCCGUUCCAGGACGGCGAGGCGCGGUGGCGCAGCUUUCGACACCACGUACUCGGGGCCGCGAAAGAGACUGUCCUACUGGAGCUGGGCGUUGGUAUGAACACGCCUGGCGUUCUGCGGUGGCCGAACGAAGACCUCGUUCGGAAGGGUGGCGGCAGGGUCAAACUGGUGCGCGUUGGCCUGGGGCCGGCAGCUGCGGUGCCCGUGGAUUUGGACGAGCAGGGUCUUGCCAUCAGCGUCGAAGGUGAUAUCAAGCUGGCCGUGCCUUGCAUGCUAGAUGCUACGCAGAGCCAUCGAUAA